GGCGGGGCCGCGGCGUCCCGUCAGGCGCUGCGCGGGGCGGUGGCGGCGCCAUGUCGGUGGCGUUCGUGCCCGAGCGGCUGCGCGGGAAGGCGGAGGUGAACCAGGAGACGCUGCAGCGGCUGCUGGAGGAGAACGACCAGCUGGUGCGCUGCAUCGUGGAGUACCAGAGCAAGGGCCGGGCGACCGACUGCGUGCAGUACCAGCACAUCCUGCACAGAAACCUCAUUUAUUUAGCGACCAUUGCUGACGCAACGCCCCCCAGCACGCAGAAGGCUGUAGACUGACAGCGUGUACCAGCGCACACGCAGUGAUGGUUUUGAGAAUCUGUAGAAACACUUGUGUAGAUCCCCCCUUGAGAGCUGAGAAGGCGUAGUCCUGAAAGGCUGGUAAAGAGUUAUACUUUUAUGUCAAAAAUGUGAUUGGAGGUUCUUUAUGUAAUACUAGAAUAGCUGUUUCUUCUAUUAGUAUAAGUAGAGCUUCAGGGAGGUAAUUGUCACUUUUUUUUUCUCUAUGAAAAACGUAAUUGUAGUAUAUUUCUAAGAGGAGCAUGAUUGUCAGGACAGCAUCACCAGUGCUGCUCUUCAAAGACUUGCGUACUCAGUGAGGAAGAGACUGUUUCAUGACUCAGGCUGUGUAACAGUAGGGCAAGCUUUUAGUUAGGUAAUUUCUGUCUACCUCCAAGAUGACAAUGGUGGAUGCUACCACAUAUGUAAGCAAGAGACUGUUUUGUUGUCUUUUAUCAUGAAAAUUAUGCUUAAACGAAAAUAAGUUCUUUGUAAAGCAGUGUACUCUGGAUUAAUAUGACAGAUUAACAAAGUUUUAGUGAAAUAGGAACUUGAACUUUUGUAGGAGAGAUGGGGCUGUUGCAUAACAUAAGGCAGUUAAGCAGAAGGGAGAACUGUAACCUCCAUUUCAGUGAGAUGGGCAUUAGCUCCACUUGCAUCAGGACUUCUCAUUCUUGCUUGAAAUGUUCUGUAUUACAGACUCCAUGAACAAGUAAAUUUUUGCACAGUCAAAAUGGA